AUGGCCUUAGUCACCACUGCAGAAGUGUGUGAUGCAAACCCACAGUUAAUUUUAAGCGGGGAGCUUCGUGCCCUUCAGCCGAUUUUCCAGAUUUACGGUCGAAGACAGGUUUUUUCCGGACCAAUAGUUACCUUAAAGGUGUUUGAGGACAAUGUCUUAGUUCGCGAGUUUCUUGAAGAGAAAGGAAAUGGAAGAGUGCUUGUUGUGGACGGUGGUGCGAGUUUGCGCUGUGCGAUAUUGGGUGGCAACCCUGUAGUUCAAGCACAGAACAAUGGAUGGGCAGGUAUUAUUGUGAAUGGAUGUAUAAGAGAUGUAGAUGAGAUCAACGGUUGUGAUAUCGGUGUGAGAGCAAUCGGUUCUCAUCCCAUGAAAGCCAAUAAGAAAGGUAUGGGAGAAAAACAUGUUCCCAUAACUAUUGCCGGGACAAGGAUCUCUGAUGGGGAAUGGCUUUAUGCAGACACCGAUGGAAUUCUUAUCUCUCGAACUGAGCUUUCUGUUUGA